AUGUCUUUAUUCUCAAAUAUUGGCAAUUCUUCACCGGGCGUACAAUUUUUUCACAUUGGAUAUCUUUCGAAACAUUAUCUUAUAUAUUUAAGUAAAAUGUGGAAGUACUUAAUAUUUGUUUGCGUAUUUCUACAAACUUCAAACGCUGUGUUGGAGUCCGAUGCUAAUACUUUAGUUUUGCUAGAUAAUUUAGCAAUUAGAGAGACCCAUUCAAUUUUCUUCAAAUCGUUGCAAGAGCGGGGCUUUAAACUUGCUUAUAAAUUGGCUGACGACUCCGGUCUUGUGCUUUCACGUUAUGGGGAAUAUCUUUACAAGAACGUUAUUAUAUUUGCUCCCAGUGUUGAGGAAUUCGGUGGGGAUUUGAGCGUUGAGAAGCUAACCGAAUUUGUUGACGAUGGUGGUAAUGUUUUAGUUGCUGCUAGCGAACAAUCAGGUGAUGCUUUGCGUGAAUUUGCCUCAGAAUGUGGGUUUGAAGUUGAUGAAGAAGGCGCGGCGGUCAUUGAUCAUUUAAAUUAUGAUGCUUCUGAUGUUGGAGACCACACCACCAUAUUAACUUCCGCCCGAAACCUGAUCGAUGCGCCAAUAAUUGUUGGUCCAAAGAAGUCUGCUCCUUUAAUAUAUCGUGGAACUGGGCUAUUGGCAGAUAAAGAAAAUCCACUAGUUUUACACUUGUUGUCUGCGGAAAGUACAGCCUACAGUUAUAAUCCUGAACAGGCGGUAAAGGAAUACCCACACGCGGUUGGACGUGGUACAUUGCUUAUUGCUGCUUUACAAGCUCGUAAUAAUGCGCGAGUUGUCUUUUCUGGAUCCCUUCACUUCUUUUCCGAUGAAGCUUUUACUGCAACCGUUCAAAAUGCACAGGAUGGAACAACACACAAACAUGCAAGCAAUCAAGAUGUGGCCACCGCAAUUAGUAGGUGGGUAUUUGGCGAAAGUGGACGUUUGCGUGUUGCCACAGUGAACCAUCAUAAGGAGGGUGAAUCUCAGCCACCAGAACAAGCUUACACAAUUGUUGAUCCAGUUGUAUAUACCAUAACCAUAGAAGAAUUGGUCGAAGAGAAAUGGCAACCAUUCAAAGCAAAUGAUGUGCAAUUGGAAUUUGUUCGAAUCGAUCCAUUUGUACGUACUACGCUUAAGCAAGUAAAUGGCGGACGUUAUGAAGCUAGAUUUAAGAUACCUGAUGUGUACGGUGUGUAUCAAUUCAAAGUAAACUACGAUCGAGUUGGUUAUACACAUCUAUACAAUACCACCCAGGUAUCCGUUCGUCCUCUUGAACAUACGGAAUAUGAACGUUUUAUUCCCAGCGCUUAUCCAUACUACAGCAGUGCUUUCUCCAUGAUGAUUGGCGUUUUUAUCUUUUCAUUUGUGUUUUUACACUUCAAGGACGAAUGUAAUGCAGUAACCGCGAAGGGCGGCAAAGAUGACAAAAAAAUACAAUAAAGUAAAACUGCCAGAAAGUAGGCAAAAUUCUAACUGUAAUUUCUAAGCUAAUAAAUACUACUUCUGAUUUGAAUAAAUAAAGAGAUCGAAAUCGAAUUCAGUGUAACAAGUAAAA